AUGCCUAAAAGUCUCUCCAGCGUCAACAAGAAGCUCAAGAAUGCCAAGCUUCUGCAUCCCAAAGGCCGCAGAGCCAAACUAAUAUCGCGUGCAACUCUCCGAGAGGAGAAUCUAGCAAAGCGAAAACUUGCUCAGCAGGAGAAAAAGUCUAACGAGCUGCAGAUUGUCACAUAUUUCCAACAAGUCAUCACAGAAAACGAGGAAUAUAGUUCCAAGCCGCAAUUUAGUCUUGAAGAGCUCCAGAAAUUCAUUGAGGAGUUCAUUUCGCGCGACGAUGAAGAACUGGAAGAGCUCCGAGCAGAAAGAAGACCAGGCAGACCUGCAUCAAAAAGACAAGAUCUGCUCGAAAUCCGCAGGAAACAAGAAGUCCACGUUUACGAGACCGGCUGGAGUGUUCCAGAUUUGCGCGACCCCAAGACGGUGAAGCUUCUGAGAAAUUGGAAUGGGGAUAGAGGCAGUUUGACCGCGUUGACGUUCAAUGUGGUGAAGAAAUCUGAUAUGUAG